ACCCACUCAUAGUCACAAAAAGGAAGUAAAACCGCUUUGGAUUUACAACGUACAAAGCGGGAAGGUAGUAUAAACUUGUACUACUUCUGAAAGAGAAGCUAUUAUUUCUGUAAUUGUUUAUGUUCAUUGACCAAGAAGCCCUUGUGGUAAGGUCUUCUGACUUCUGCUGAUUGGAUCGGGGGUCCAAGAAGAGGUUUCCCUCGUCCCCAUCAAAAUUGCAAGAGCAGCAGCAGAAUUGUAAAAGUGAAUCUGCAGCUCCGAAACAUAAAUGGGUGGAUCUCUUUGAAGUCUUGACAGCACAACAAAACGAUCGCAUUCGUCAACGUUGGGUGCGCAAUCUUCACCCAAUCUCUUACUCCUUUUCUUUUUCUUUCAAUGGGUGACGUUUAGUGGGCUUUUAAGGGAAGAAUCGAUCCUUCCUUCAGUUGAAUCUUGUUCAAAUUCUUUACUCAGUACCCGACUUUCCUUCUCAAUGGACACGAUAAAAAUAUGAAGAAUAAAGAGAGAUCCUUGGAACAAAGAGAGCUGCAGAUUUCCGCCUGUAUAGUGUACUACAAUCACUAAUUUCUACUUUAGAAGUGUGUCUUCUGGCGGUUUCCGAGGGAAUUCGAUAGGCGGGUGGGAUUCAGUUUCAGUAAAUUGAUCAAGAAGGGAGGCCAGUUUCUGUUUGUUUGUUUUUCUACUGCUUAAGCAAUUCCUCUGCUGAAGAACUAAUAACAACAGCAGGAGCACUGGAGGAGGAGAAUAAGAUGGGGUUCCCCUGUUGAAUGAAGAAGUGGUGCCAAACGACCUGUACUAUAAAAUCGGGAGCCAUGGAUAUGGAGGAAUCGAAAGAUGAGAAAGAGAUCGAUAGAGAGGACUUGGAAGAGCCACAGGAAAAACCAAUGGAAGAGUGGAAGAGAAUUCCACCAUGGACUAAGCAGAUUACAGUCCGCGGGCUUAUUGCAAGCUUACUGAUCGGGGUUAUCUAUAGCGUGAUAGUGAUGAAGCUUAACCUCACCACUGGCCUCGUUCCUAACCUCAAUGUCUCUGCUGCCCUUCUCGCUUUUGUUUUCAUACGGUCGUGGACAACGCUGCUUCAGAAAGCUGGAAUUGUCUCAUCCCCGUUCACACGGCAGGAGAACACCGUAAUCCAGACUUGUGCAGUUGCAUGUUAUAGCAUUGCUGUAGGAGGAGGUUUCGGGUCCUAUCUUUUGGGAUUAAAUAAGAAGACAUAUGAACAGGCAGGGGUUGAUACAGAAGGCAAUACUCCAGGGAGCUUCAAAGAACCUGGAAUUGGUUGGAUGACUGGGUUCCUUUUUGUAGUUAGCUUUGUUGGACUUUUGGCCUUGGUUCCUCUCAGAAAGAUUAUGAUAAUUGACUACAAAUUGACCUAUCCGAGUGGUACUGCGACUGCGGUUCUUAUUAAUGGUUUCCACACUUCUCAAGGGGACAAAAUGGCCAAAAAGCAAGUGCAUGGGUUUGCAAAGUUCUUCUCAAUCAGCUUCCUUUGGGGUUUCUUUCAAUGGUUCUAUUCUGGAGGGGCACAAUGUGGGUUCUCACAGUUCCCAACUUUUGGAUUGAGAGCAUGGAAACAAACAUUCUACUUUGAUUUUAGCAUGACUUACAUUGGAGCGGGAAUGAUUUGUUCACAUCUCGUGAACUUUUCUUUGAUUUUGGGAGCUGUGCUCUCAUGGGGGAUAAUGUGGCCGCUGAUAAGUGGGCUUAAAGGAGAUUGGUUCCCCAUGACUUUACCUGAGAGCAAUAUGAAGAGCUUGAAUGGUUACAAGGUUUUUAUUUCCAUUGCCCUCAUCCUUGGAGAUGGCCUCUACAAUUUUCUCAAGAUAAUGUUCUUCACCAUCAAAAGUAUCCAUGACAGGAUGAACAAAAGGAACUCGAACAGAGUGGCAGAUCAUGGGAGUCAGCCUCUUGAUGAUCUUCAAAGAAAUGAAUUGUUUGUGAGGGAAAGAAUUCCUUUAUGGCUUGCAUUUGUGGGAUAUGUCACCUUCUCCAUCAUUUCCACCAUUUUGAUCCCAUUAAUGUUCCCCGAGUUGAAAUGGUACUAUGUGGUUUUAGCUUACAUUUUUGCUCCGUCUCUAAGCUUCUGCAAUGCUUAUGGUGCUGGUCUGACUGACAUGAACAUGGCCUACAACUAUGGAAAAGUUGCCCUCUUUGUAAUUGCCGCCUUGGCUGGAAAAGACACUGGUGUGGUAGCAGGGCUUGUCGGUUGUGGCCUGAUUAAAUCCAUUGUUUCCAUUUCCUCUGAUCUGAUGCAUGACUUCAAGUCCGCUCAUCUCACUCUCACUUCUCCUCGCUCAAUGCUCGUGAGCCAGGCUGUUGGAACUGCCAUGGGCUGUGUGGUUGCUCCUCUAACAUUCUUUCUGUUCUAUAAGGCUUUUGAUGUGGGCAAUCCUAAUAAAGAGUUCAAAGCUCCAUAUGCAUUAAUCUAUCGAAACAUGGCAAUUCUUGGAGUCGAAGGCUUUUCUGCACUACCACGGCAUUGCUUGCAACUCUGUUGUGGAUUCUUUGCCUUUGCAGUUGGGGCCAACUUACUGAGGGACUUAUCCCCGCCUAAAUUAGGGAAGUGGGUUCCGUUACCAAUGGCUAUGGCAGUGCCUUUCCUAGUUGGAGCCUAUUUUGCGAUUGAUAUGUGUGUUGGGAGCUUAAUUGUCCUUGUAUGGCACAAGCUCGAUAGCAAGAAGGCUACUUUGAUGAUUCCUGCAGUUGCAUCUGGUUUGAUCUGUGGGGAUGGGUUGUGGAUCCUCCCUUCAUCUAUUCUUGCUUUAGCCAAUGUUAAUCCUCCCAUCUGCAUGAGGUUCUUGGCUACGUAAUGCGGGAAUUCUCCAGAAGAAAGCAAAGUAAUAUUGAAGGAAUUGAAACAACAAUUGGUGAGUACAAGAGUAGUCUAAUUUCAAAGUGGAGGCUUUAUAAAGGAUGAAUAUACAUACAAUGAAAUCAAGACGUGCUCACUUUAUUUUUAGUACAGUAGUGUUAGCUCAAGCUGAAGCUGACAGAAAUCAAUAUAGGUUUAUCCUAUAUGAGAUCAUUAUGUAAGAGAAAGAAUCAAUCACUCGCAUGGUGUAUAAAACACAAAGCACUUGACAUAACUGAACAUGUGUAAUGAAAUUUCAAUUAUCAAAUAGUUAGAGAUUAAUUUUUCGCAGUA